UUCAUGUGACUAUGAAUAUCAUUAAUACAGCAGCCCACAACAGAAGAGAAGGGAGUGUUCUACCAGCCAUCUAGCCGGCUAGCGAUUGUUAGUAGCCUUCUAGACUACCCUAUGCUUGUAUCAAGGCAAGCACAGACGAUCCUGUUAAUGCUGUCCAGAGAGCACCAAUCACAGCACGAGUGAAGAUGUCGGGACAGCGUUCUCACUCCAGCUCUGAUGCUAGCAGCACCGCCCUGCCUCCACUCCUGUAUCCCCUCUCGUGUAUGGUGGAGGAUGUACUGAGUCAGGAGGGGGAGCUCUGGGACAGGAACGAGGCUAUGCUACAAACUCUGGGGGUGCCAGUUAGUGACGGCAGUGAGGAGGUCUCUGAUGGAGUGUCCAUCGGCAGCAGUCCACCUGACACCAUCACUGGGAGUGGUCUGCAGCUCAUUAAGUAUGGGCGGUUGACUAGCAACAUUCACAAGUACUUCAGAAAGCUAGAGAAGAGACACGCUUGCCUCCACCUCACUGCCAGGAGAGCCAAGCAUGACACACUCAGACACGUGGAGCGGUCAGUCCAUGGCAGUGACUCUACCCUCAUGAGCGCUACCAGUGCCCUGGGUGCUGAAGCAAUCGAUGGCAUGCUCACUGAACUCAGAAAUGAGGAGCGCCUGGUGUAUCGAUGUGCGCUCAUGUGUGCCCAGUUCCCCAUGCUGAGUGCUCCUGACCCCCCUGACGGCCAAUCCCCCUCACCCCCCCUACCCCCACUCCCCGCUAGGUUUGAUACUGGACUAUUGGGUAGUCUACAAGAGAGCGACCUCUCACGCACGGCACCUGCUGAAUUCAACCCCAUCAUGGCAGGAGUGGAGAAUGGAGGUCUGGCUCAUGAGCUGCCAAGGGACACACCAAAGAAAGAACUCAAUGGUGGUGCCUUGUCUGGUGGGAGUGGUCAAAGAGAGCCUACUGAGGUCGGUGAGGGUGUGGAUGGAACGGAUGGGAAGAAAAAACCAGCUGCCAGUGAACCAAUAGCCAUCAAGACCUCUAAACCAAAGCGGUCGCUGAAACGUAGCCUUCCCAAACCACCAGCUGGUGACUCAGAUUCUGAGGAUGAGCUGUCGAUCAUCAACUCUGUUAGGUCAAAGGUCAUCACCGGAGUAUCGGGAGAGAGGGAACAUCCAUUUCCCCCUAUGGUAACCAGGGAGAUGCUAUGUAACCUUGUGCGGAGGUCAUUCAGUCAGACUGACGAACAACAGCUCAUGUUUGAGCAAGCUCUGCGCCAGGAGCACAGUAGGCGGAGCAAGGGAGAGAUCCUAGCCAAGGAGCUAGCUAGUCAGCUGCAAGUACUGGAGAACAACGCACAUCCGUUCUACAAGCCAAAGUUCUUUGUGACGCGUAAUGGCUAUGACCUGUGGCUGCAAGCAGAGAAGGGUCGAGUUAAGAACCUCAUUGACAAGUUCUGGCAUUUCUCCAUCCCACGUCCCCAGCAAUGGCGGCACUUCAGUCCCACUGACUACCACAGGGCCUACUCAACACUACUACAAAAAAUCAUCACAGCUGAGAGUCGUACGACACGUCGUGAGCCAGUGUACUCUGGACGUACCCCGUCCUCCCCUCUCUCCCCCACUGCACAUAGACUACUCCAGGAGUUUGGACUGAGAUAUGGAGUGGGGGAGCUAUACAGGAGAAUAGUGUACCUCGACUACCUGGCCAAGCAUUUUGAUCACGAGAUCUGGUACAUCGGCCAUUGCACCGAGGAGCUGCGUUGUAUUCGUGUGCUCCUCCCUCGUAAUCGUAACAAGAUAACGGCAGUGAGACGGGAGAUGGAGAUGCUGCGCUCCACAGUACACCUCCUCCACGGUCAGACUGACAACUCACUCACUCGCAUCGACAGAUUGUUCCUCGAGUCAGACCCACAGGAGGGUGUUGCCUGUCUUAUUCAACUCCUAGUGGAGGUGUUGGAUGCUGAACAGUCUUUGUUUGGUAAGAAGGUUGGUCCCGUGGACCAUUGGCUGAAGAGGUACCUCAGGUCCGGGUUUGCUCUGCGUUAUGAGCGACGAAAAGUGAUAGCCACUGACGAGACUGUGCAAAACUCCACUGCUCAGCCUUUAUCAUCUACACUGGUGAACUCUCUACUCUUGGACACAAGAGAGGAAGUAUUGGAUUAUCGGGACAAGUAUCAGGAAGUGUUUAGACCGUAUUUCGAUAUUGUUCCUUUCUCAAAAUUGGAGUUCUACCGACUACUCUGUUCUGAUGCCUGCAGUCUGUGCACUGGAUUGCUGCAUCGUCCAGAGACUCGUCAGCGGAUGAGCCUGGAGGUGUUGGGGUUAAUGUACCGCCUCAAUGAGAGAGAUCUGGAGUGGGAGGGAGUCAUUUCACCAGGGCUGCAGCUGUGGCGACGUCAUUUCUCUGAUCUUGCUCUUGUAUGGAUGGAGGUACUCGGGAAACAAGUACAGAAGUGGGUCGUCGAGUCCAUCGCUGAAGAUCAGUGGAUGCUGUUGACAUUCUCUGCCCACCCCCCUGACAACUCACCCCCCACACGCUACACGCCCCCCACACCCUCACAACGCCCCUCCCCCCCUAAGCUCAUCAAGAGCAUUCGUACCUCUCCCUUCCCGUCCCCUAACCCGGGUAAUCAAGAGAGGAGAUCUGCCUUCACUCCAACUAAUACCUUCACCAAGAACUCUGGAGCAUUCUCAGCGUACUCCUCCUAUGUGGGGGGUCUCCUCAAGAGGACAGAGGGACUGCCGCAUUCGGCCAGUGAGGAGGGCAGUGGUGCUGUGACUGACUCCAGCUCAUCACAAACUACCGUAUCUCUAGACAGUGCCAGUGGACUGCUGAUUGGUGGGGGCAUCCCCGCGAUGAUGGGCAAACUAUCAAAGAAACCAAACACUGACUCUCUACUCAACUUUGGGCAGGAGGGUGGUCUUGAGAGCAGUGUGGCAUCAGCACAUCAAGUGGAGGUGGCUGUGUCUGUGUACUCUGGUUGUGAGUCUGAUCAAGAUGAUCUCCACCUCUGUCAGAUCUCCCCUUAUACCCCCACCCAACCCCUUGACACUGACCCCCAGUUCGGGGCCCUACCCCCAGAGGGGGCCUCAGAGGGCCUCACAUCAAGCACUCCUGACACUGAGUCCACAGUAGAGGACAUCACUAGAGAUGGUGAUACUGUCUUCAGUGGUUUGGACGAGGCUCCUCUACCACCCAUUGUCUUGGUGUCCAGUCAAACAGACAGCACUGGAGUUCACAGACACAGAAAGAAGUCAACUCCAGCUGCCACUAAGACCCCCCGUGAUGAUGUUAAGACCCCCCACACUAGUGGACUACAGAACAGCACAGACUUCACUCCCAGCCUCUCCAUUGACGACAUUGAUCCACCGAGGAGACUCAAUAGUGAUGCGCUACUGAGACCAUCUGGUCAAGUAGUGGGAGGGGCCUCAAAGUGGGCAGAGGGAUCAGUUAGUACCACAGAGGACCAUAUUCCCCCCGCCUCUGUGAGUACUGUACCAGAGCUGGCACACUGGAGGCAGACACACCCCCAUCAUGACUCAGUUGCCGUUAACAACCAAUCCUUGACAGUGUCGGCUCAUUCCUCAAGUCCAGAGUUCAUUGACAAACCAGAAGCUAACGAGAUGGGCGAUAGGGACAACGACUUUGAUUGCGAUACUCCAGUGAGGUCGCUCUCUCGCCAGUCCUUUCAGAGCUACUUCUUCCCCGUGUCCAGCUCUCCAGUGGACAUUGUAACCAUGUUGACUCGUCUGGCCUGCUUCACUGGGUCCAUUCUCAAUGUGCUCACUCCCCGGCUGCCCCGUACCAGCCUCAGAACAAGCAGCAAUCCAUCACAUGAGUAUGCCCCUGAGGUGGUCCAGGCCAGAGAGCAGGCCAAGCUCCUGCUCAUCAAUGCUGAGAACAAUAGAACUGAGUUCCUCAAGAAAAUGCACAGAAUAAUGAUGAAUGCGCUGAAGCUGUAUGCUGACAACCUGCUGUGCAUGGAUCUGUGCUGCUUCUCUGGAGGAGAGGCCACCACUUUAGUGGGCGAGCAGAAACUAGACCACCUGCAACGUAGGAAGACUGCUAAAGAGAUCUGGGGCUGUCGACACAUGGUGGAGGCUAAACACGGCCUUCACCCCAAUGGCAUGCCUUGUCAGAGGAGGACCAGCAAACAGUUCGAGAGCAUCACCAGAGAUAUGUGCAUCCGUAUCAACAACAUGCACACUCUGAUCACAACCUUCCCCUCGUUGGAGAGCCACCUUUACUCGUCCAUGAGAACCUCCAUCCAAGCUCCCGCCACUGCCCACGGAUACAUCUCCAGUGACCCCGGGGAACUAGGUCCACGUCAUUCCCACGCCCACUCACAAUCAUACAAGCCCAACCCACACAGCACACACCCACUCGAGAACAGGGGACCUCUGAGAAGUAACGAGGUGCCAUCUGUCCCCUCGUCUAUCAGUCCCAGUCUUGGCCCCAUGGAGCCUGAUGUAGGGCGAGGCAGGAAGGAGCUCCCGGAUGUUGGGUUCCGGUCCAAGGAGUCACAGCAAGUGCUAGAGUAUCUUCGGAGCACUCACACAUGUCAGCUCAAACUGCUCUGCUUGAGAUUGAACAAGUUCUUCAAGCCUGCCCUGUCUCUGCUGCUGGAGCUCAAGCUGGUCAACUACCCUCUGGACAAGCGUCUGCUUCCCCUCAUCACUUUCCUGGAGAGACAUCGACUGGCCCUGCAGAAAUACCUCUACCCAGCUUCAUUCAACGCCACCAUGGAGCUGCUGUGGGAGUGUAUUCUGCAGGAUCUUGAAGGUGAGGCUGUACAGUUGAGGUCUCAGAAGAAGCCAGUCACGGAUCGAGCUCAGAUGCUAUUACAGGUCCUCUCGAUUCUGAUGGAGUUCAUGCACCACAAGAACGAGGGACUGCCCCUCGACAUUCUCACCGGGUCAUCUGGGUACCUCCUGGGUCUACUGGAUGUGAUGACACGAUCCACUGACCAACUUGUGCUCAUGUUCAACAAACUCAGUGCCCCACAAUUUUCGAGUGGCCAUGACUUGAGUCAAUCCCCUGUGCCCAUCGAUGCACGACUGCUGCAGUGUCUACGCAACCAGCUGCACCGGUUUAAGAAGUGCUUCACUGGCAAAGAAUUUGUCGAUAAAGUAUUGGAAGUGGGACAAUUGUUUGACUUCAGAUCAGAGCCGUCGUCCAACGCCUCCACUCCCAUACAGGUGGCGGGACAAGCCGGGGUUAGUCUGGGGGGCCAGCCCGUAGAAUACACGGUCCGUUAUGCUACAGAGUUAGCCCAGUUCCUGCUGAGGGAGUCUGUCUUGAUCGAGCUACCGAGUAGCAGUGGUUCUCUUCGGAGUGGUGCCUCGUUCACUCCUGCCCCAUCAACAGACGAUGAAGAUAGUCUGGGUGAGAGUCUAGAGAGACAUGAGCUGAGUGAUGGACUAUCCACUGAGUCUCAGACAUCUUUAUCCUCUCAAAGACGCAGUGCUGGUCGAUUGGAGCACCAAGCAAUAUUCAACAGCUACUCGCAACGAAGUGCUGCAUCCAUUUCAAGAAGUGGUCAGCAGACGUUCUCGAAUAAUCAGUACGUGUUCUACAAGUUUGCAGACUCUCAAGAUGCUGACAGUAACUCUCUUUAUCAAAGUCAUAUUUUAGCAGCCUCCACAGCCAUGAACCAAACCACCCACACUGGACAUUUGACGCUGGGUACGUCUCUCAGUCGAUCCACAGCAGCUUCACUACAGGAGGAGCAUCGAGAGUUCACUCUAGCUAGACAAGGCACUCUGUUCCUGGUAUACGACCUCCUGGUACAGAGAAGCAAGAAAGAAAGAAGAGCUAAACUAUUUUUGCAGACACCGAGAGCCCUCGAGGUUGUGGAGCUAAGGAGAAGACGAAAUGUUGACUGUAACCUCAUUUUCAAGAUGUAGUUUGAGCAUUUUUGUGUAAUAGAGUGAUAUAUUUGAAGUGAGCUAUGAGAGCUAUAAAAAUAUUGUUAUCUGU